GUCGUGUUGUUUCAUGCUGGAGUCCUUGGAAGUCCUGCCAAUUGCGGUAUGGUUUGGAAAGAAUUAGGGGAUAAUAUCAUAACUGGUCAGUGGAGCGUAUCUAUUAAAACCGGAACAAGCUACCUUCCUUGAUGGUCUUAAAAUGUCAGAUGUACUGCUAGUGGCAACCCUUCUUCCUCUUCGAACUCAUGAUGAUGAUGACAUUCAAUUAUGAUAUGAUACAAAACAUCCAUUGUUGUUGACAAGGUAACAUGUAUAAAAUAAAAAAAAGUAACGGAUUGCUAUUCAUUUGGUUUAUUUUUAUUCGUAGAUACUAUGAUUGUCGCCUAUACAAUCAAAUUAGUAAGUUGUCAGGAAAGAAAAAGAUGAUCAAUCAAUAUUACAUACAAUCACUUGCUUCUUUCUCUUUUUUUUUUUUUCAGAUCCUUCCUUUUAUUGUAUGGGGAUUGAUACGGUAUCGCUGUCAGAUGAUAUACGCAAGGUAACAAUGGAUAUAUAUAUAUAUAUAUAAGAAUAACAGUGAUGGAGUAUUGUUUUUUGGUCGAUUUUAUCUUCAAACAAAACGGUGAUAUAAAACGGUCAAUGGUGCAAAAUGAUAAGUCUAAAAAAAAUAAUAGAUGAAAAAAGGAAAUGAUACUAAUAUAUUUCUUCUUUUAUUUUAUUGAUCUUUUAGAUAUUAUUGUCUAUAUAGUC